UGGGUAAAGCAAUAAAAAUGCUAAAUUCUAUCUGCCCUAUAGAGCAACAAGCUCUGUAAAGGCAAUCUCCUCCCUCGCAUCCACCGCCAAUUCCACACACUCUAUCUUCUGGUACCUCGACGCCACCACACCACCACUCUAUGGCUUCUCUGUGGCGGGCCGCCACCACGGCCUUAACCCAAACCCAAACGACCCAAACCGAUUGUGACGGAGUGGAGUUCUGGUCGAACCCUGAGCGAACUGGCUGGCUAAUGAAGCAAGGGGAGUACAUCAAAACCUGGAGGCGUCGCUGGUUCGUUCUCAAACAAGGCAAGCUCUUCUGGUUCAAGGACUCGACGGUGACUCGCGAGUCGAAGCCACGCGGCGUCAUCCCAGUGGCCACGUGCCUUACAGUGAAGGGAGCUGAAGACGUGCUCAACAAACAGCACGCCUUUGAGCUUUCGACGAGAACCGAAACGAUGUACUUCAUCGCCGAUUCGGAGAAGGAGAAGGAGGACUGGAUCAACUCGAUCGGACGGUCCAUAGUGCAGCACUCUAGAUCCGUGACUGAUUCCGAGAUCGUCGAUUAUGAUAACAAGCGAUGAUGAUAGGUGUCCAUGGAGCAUCAAAUUCUUGAUAUGGAUAUUGUUGCUUUCUCUUUGCUGUGUUUUCUCUAGGCUCUAGCUCUUUCAGGCAAUUGCCAUUUUUAAUUAAGUUGUGGAGGUUCAGGUCUCCUCCUGUUACAUGCCUUAAAAUGGUGUUUUUGCUUAAAAAUUUCCAAUGGAAGCUUCCCAUAACUUUAUGCAUCUCCUUGGAUUGACACACUG